UAGAAGGAGAACAAGCAUCACUAUGAAGGGCCUAAUCAUCCUAAUCGCUUGCCUCAUGCUCUCAGAGGCAAUGAUCAAGGUUCCCCUGAAAAAGGGUAAGUCCAUCAGACAGCGCCUGUUGGAGAAGGGCAUCCAUCUGCCCUAUACUGAUCCGGCCCUUAAAUAUAUGCGCCCAGAGGUUUUGGCUACUACCACUAUUGAUUCCUUGACCUAUGCUGAUUCAUACUACUUUGGCGUGAUCAGCGUAGGUACACCACCCCAGUCCUUUGAGGUGCUUUUUGACACAGGCUCUUCCAAUCUGUGGGUCAACUCUGUGUACUGCAGCACCCAGGCAUGCACGGCACAAACGCAGUUCAACCCACAGCAGUCCUCCACCUUCCAAAGCACCUCCACAACUUUCUACCUGCCCUAUGGAGCUGGAGCUCUUAAUGGUGUCUUUGGAUAUGACACUGUCACUCUGGCUGGCAUCCAAGUCCCUAAUCAGGAGAUUGGUCUGAGCACUAACGAGCCAAGCCAGCCCUUCCUUUCAGCUCCAUUUGAUGGAAUUCUUGGUCUGGCCUACCCAUCUCUUGCUGUUGGCAAUGCCAUGCCCCUUGUGGACAACAUGAUACAGCAGGGUCUCCUUGAACAAAACCUUUUUGGAAUCUAUCUGAGCCCAGCUGGAGGGUCUGGCAGUGAGGUGGCUUUCGGCGCUGUGGACACCAACAUGUAUCAGGGUCAGAUCUACUGGACACCAGUGACCUCUGAGACCUACUGGCAGAUUGGCAUUCAGGAGGUCCAGAUUUCAGGACAGCAGACUGGCUGGUGCUCUCAGUACGGUGGCUGCCAGGCCAUCGUGGACACCGGAACCCCCAGCCUUACUGCCCCUAGUUCCUUCUUGUCAUCUCUGAUGCAGAGUAUUGGGGCACAGCAGGACAGUUAUGGCCAGUACGCGGUGGACUGUAGCCAGGUCAGUAAUCUCCCCACUUUGACCUUCACCAUCAGUGGAGUGAAUUUCCCUCUGGGUCCCUCUUACUAUGUCCAAGAAACCCAGAGCGGCUACUGCACCAUUGACAUCACUCCCACCUACCUGCCCUCUCAGAACAGCCAACCCCUCUGGAUCUUCGGUGAUGUCUUCCUCAGGGCCUACUACUCUGCAUAUGACAGAGGAAACAACCAGGUGGGCUUUGCCCAGGUUGCCUGAACACCACCAGCAACACUCCACAGAAAUCUCUAAUGCAAGCUAUGAUCUCCAUAAUAUAAUUAAUACCUGUAUUAACUACAUUGAAAUGAAAAGAUCUCUCUCGCAGUCUGCUACUUGCUGAAUUUUUUUUUUUUAUUUCAUUUCAAUAUUGGCAUUUAUUAGUAAAUUCAAUAAUGUGUUUUGAUGUUUUCAAAAAAGAUAUCAAAAUAUAUCUUCCCAUACAAUAU